AUGGAGAACCAGCAGGUGAUGGAUAUUGCUUUGGAGAAAUUCACUUGGAAAAUUGAAGCUUUCUCCAAAGUGAACACCAAGAAAUUGUCCUCCAAGUCUUUCAAAGUCGGCGGUAAUCGAUGGAAGAUUAUUUUAUAUCCUAAGGGGAGGGAUGUGGAUCAUUUGUCUUUGUAUAUUACGGUUGCUGAUUCUCUACCACCGUAUGGAUGGAGCAGAUUUGCAUAUUUCAGGUUGGCUCUAAUUAAUCAGGUGGAUAACAACAAGUCAAUCGUAAAGGAAACCCAGCAGAAGUUUAAUGCUGGAAAUAAUGGUUGGGGUUCUCCAUCAUUCAUUCCUCUCAGUGAAUUCCAUGACCCUAGUCAAGGUUAUCUUGUGAAUGAUACAUGUAUCAUUGAAGUUCACCUUUCAGUAUCUAAAGUUGCGUUUAACAUUAAUGGUGAACAACAUAGGCCAAAAGAAGUAAAAACUAAAGAACUGGAAAAGACAUUUUCUGAUGUGACGCUAAGUCCAACAAGUACCCAGAAUUCUAAAGAUGGUCAGUCAAGUGAAAUAGAAGUGCAACUCUCACAGUUAGAAGAUCAAGGAAUUGGACCUUCAGAUGUGACCCCAAGUCCUAAACAAGUGCAAUUUGUUCCUAGUGCUCCUCCUAUGUACCCUCUUUUAUCCAAUGAAUUUGAGGAAGUGCUCUUGAUCCCCGUCAGUGACCUCAUAGAUUUCAAAAGUUUAGAGGCAGAAGAAGAAUCUUUUAUUCCAUUAUGGAAGGAAGUUUGUUCAUGGCAUCCUUCACUAGUAGAGAACCAAAGAAGAAGAAGUCCUAGGUUCAUAUUGUGGGCAUUCAUAGCCUUGGGCCGUGUCCUACUAUUCCUCAAGACUAAGAAGAUUAGGGAUAUGGGUGGUGAUAAUUUUAUGCACCUUCAGGUUCUGUGGGAAGAACUUCAUUCCUUUGGAUUUGACUUGACAUGGCUGGAGCCCCAUGUUCAUUCAGCAUUAGAUGCAAAAGCUUAUUUGCAAAGAGCAGAGCAUGUUAAAAAUCUAAGGGUCAAUGUAGCUACUUUAGAGAUUGAAAUGAGGAAGUUGAAAGCAAAACUGGCUGUUUCAGAACUCGACCUUGAGGUUGCAAGGAGAGACUUGGAAGAGGUAGAAAAUGGUUUCAAAGAGAGGGACAUGGAUGCAGAACUCGGUUAUGGGAUACCAUAG